CAUAAAAAAUUCUUUGCUCAUGACGAAAAAGAAAAUUGUUCGCUGGGUGACGUAGUUAAGAUCGAGGCUUGUAGACCUUUGAGUAAGAUGAAAAGUUUUACGGUUGUGGAGAUAAUCAGACGGGCGAAGACUUGGGUAGAUCCGGACACCAACGAAGUGAAAAGAUGA